AUGGAUGGAGCGGUGACGGACCGAGGGAUGGGGGAUGGACAGAUGGAUGGGACAACUCAUGGGGAUGGAGGGAUUGGGGCGAUGGUAGCUGCUCUCCAGGCGACACGAGCGCUCAUGGUGGUCUCCAUCGUGAUGGGCAUCAUCGGCAUUGGUGUCGCCUCCAUGGGCAUGAAAUGCACCCGCUGCGGGGGGGACAACAAGGUGCAGAAGGCACGCAUCGCCAUGACUGGGGGGCUCAUCUUCGUGGUGGGAGGUUUAGCGGCGCUGAUCGCCUGUUCCUGGUAUGGAAACCAGAUCGUGCGAGAUUUCUAUGACAUCACGGUACCUGUGAACACCAAGUAUGAAUUUGGAUCGGCGAUCUUUAUCGGCUGGGCUGGGUCCGCCCUGGUGCUGCUGGGCGGGGGUCUCCUCUCCUGUUCCUGCCCUGGGAAAUCAGGGUACAACCAGCAGUACCCCAAAAGCAAAGCCACUUCCCGGACCCCCACCAACAAGGAAUACGUCUAGCGCCUUGAUUUGAUGCCAGCUGUCCGGCCCGUACCCCUUUCUGCGGUCGAUAUCCUGGAGCCUGUGAAGGGGUUAACUCCUUGCAUUGUGGGGGGUGGGGUACCCCCACUUAGGAAUAUCGGGGUGCUCCCAA